AUGGCCCAGGCAGCUGAAUUGCUUUAUCCUAGCUUGGUUGUUUUUGGCGCUUCAGGUCCUAUGGGGCGUCUUCUGGUACAACAGGCGCUACAAAAAGGUCAUCUUGUAACUGCUGUUGUUAGAAGUCCAGAGAAAUUCGACAUCAAGUACGUUUGUGUUUGUACGUAUGUCGUUCCAAUUCAUAUGUUCAUUUGUGCUAGCAAUUGCACUGAUGACCACAGAUGUUGCACCAUACUUUUUUUUCGUUUUAACCUCUCGAGUAGGUUAAGAGAUAUGUAUGAUAAAAUAUCGUAAAAGCUUACUUGUUUAUCAAAGACGAAGGAUUUUACUUUUGUGGGCUUGUGUAUAACUCAUCAGUGUUAAUAGAAGCUUUGGUAAAUUACGUACACUUUUUCUUCCCAAUGUUCUAUUAAAAGUAAAGGUCAGAGACCAUUUUGCUAGCUAGUUAUUUUGAAACUGCUCUAAAUGUUUUUAUCUAAUAAUUCUGGCUUGCUUCUGCUUUAUUGUCGAUUCUUCUUCAGAAAAAACUAAGAUACAUGUCGACUGCAUUUUUUGCCUCGUCUAGUUGAAUUUGCAUAAUUCUGUUUUGGUUUGCGUAACACCUGCAAUAACACACUCUUGAAAGUCACGCAAAGUAUGAAAAGGCACAUGCCCUAUUUUCAGCUGUCACAAACUUGGAGUGAAUGUCGUUGAAACUUAACAAGCUGGUUACUGAAACGAAGUCAAACUUGGACCACAGUUUAACACACAUUUUAUGUAGAAAAGUAGACUCUUUUUGUGGUUGUCAACUCUUUAUAUUAGUUGAUGAACAAUAAAAACAUGUCAGUGAAACAGACACUUCACAUAGCAGCGCAGGAAAUUUGCUCUUUCAUCAGAGACUUUCCAUUUAUUUUCUCUUUCUUUUUUGCAUUUUUAGACAUGAAAAGCUGGAUAUAAUCAAAGGGGAUAUAUUCAACUCAGAGUCCUUGGUUCCUGUCCUUGAAGGCAAAGAUGCUGUGUUAUCAUGCCUUGGUGCCCAUGGAACAAGUGUCUUUCGACACACAACAUUAUACUCAGAGUCAAUGAAGUCAAUAAUGUCUGCAAUGGAAAAGUAAGUGUCUUGUCUAGUGCUCUCUUGUAACACUGCUGCUUUCUUCUCUUUACAGAGUAAGGGUUGUUAUGAUGGUCCUGGAGGUGACUCUGCCCAUAUGUAGGUUAACUUUGCUCGUGGUUCUCCUCCUUACCCCAAGAGGUUUUUCUUUGGGUAUUCUAGCUUACCCCUCUACCGAAACUAACUCUUACCUUAAUUAACUCUGAGAUUUUCAAAUUCCAGUUUGAUCAGGGGGAGAUAAAGAAUCCCUUUUUAGAUUUGCUAAUGCUGAACAUAACUAUUUUAAACUCAAUAUAAUAACGUUAACAACAAUUAAUCAUCAAAAUUUGGUUCUUAAGGGAAGAAAAUAAGUUGACAUUUUAUUGCAUCUUCCUUCUACAUACAUUUUUAGUUCAGAACUUUCCUAACUUUAACCCACCACCCCCUGUACCAGCUUCAGCUGGUUCCUAAGGAUAUAGAGCUUUAAAUCCAUAAAGAGCUUUAAAGGCUAACUGACGAGCAUUUGUCUCGAACCAUGUGUCGACCUACUAUGUCUGAUUUAUAUUACGUGGAGCGUAAUGAUAGACAGUAUUUUGGAGAAACCCAAACAGUAACACAGAGCCGCUUAGAAAAGUGAAUUUAAGAGUGCUGAGUGACACCCAAUUUAAUCAACCAUCCAAUUCAUUCCACCUUAAAGAGGAGUAAAGCCGCCUUGCAGGGUUACCGCUUGAGAAGAGGUGAUGUAUAAUACUAAACUCGAACACCAGAUGUUAAAUUAAGUUACAAUGGAGGUCAAAGAACUUGUGAAAGGUGGUAAAAUUCUUCCAAGCAAUUGUUACAUAGAACUCUGCUCCUAGUGACAAUUCUUUAAUCAGUCUUGUGUUCUUUCCUUCUUCCCUCCCACUCCCCCCAGGGGGUUCAUUAAGGUUUUGAACAGGAGGGCAACUGAGUUUGACACCCGGGUAAAGAAUUGGCAAGGCCGGGAGGGCCUUGUCCCCUAGUGGGUUCCGGGGGCAUGCUCCCCCGGAAAAUUUUGAAAUUCUAUAUUCGCAGGGAUGUGUUUUCCUGCAUUUUGAGGCUGCAGACCAUGACUUUCAAUUCAUUGGCGUAAACCAUAAGACGAAUAAAAAAUAACGCUUCGCUUCGUUGAACACGAUGAUUAGGCCAUUAAAUAUAUACAGGCAAGUAAAAGGUCAAAUCACAAAGAAGUCUAUUCACCUCUUGGCCUUUCCUCUACCUGAAGCCCUUUGGCUGAAGCCGAAAAAUAAUCUGCUAUCGAACGCGUUCUUUUCUGGGCCGCCAUGCUCACGUGCUCGCAACACUGAUACAUUUCAGGUGGUCGUUUAUGAAGCACAGUUCUUUUCGCAAUGUGUUAUGGGGCGAUUCUUAUUUUUAACACAUAAUGAACGAGGGGAUUUCAUGCCGUGUGUCUCGAUAAGACUUAUCAAGAAAAGGGCGAGAUUGUAACUUAAACUGUUUUUGAUCGUUCCUUGUAGUAAAAAGAAGUUCUUUGAGAUGUAAAGCAGCCGGGCAAAGUCGUGUUCUCAGCCGGUCAAUUUGCCCGGUGCCCGGCCCUUAAUGAACCCCCUGUCCCCCUAUAGAAUGGUGCGCCCACUGAAGGACUCAUUUCCACCCAUUUUUGCUUAAAAUUCAACCUUGCAGGGAUGGGAGGGGGGAGGUCGACAGUUUUACUAAUGUCACAGGCAAGGUCUCAACACUUAUUACCUCCAUCGUAGGUUUACUUAAUUUGCAAUCGAAAUUACAGCGUACCCUGUUGGCUAAGACUGUGUUUAUUUAACAGGAGUAAACUUCAGAGAAUAGUGUGUGUCACUUCGUGGUGCACCAGGAAGGAAGCAGGAAAUCCCAAAACUGUGGAGUGGCUUUUAAAGCCUGUUGCGAUGGCUGGGUUCAUUCAUGAUAUGGCUUUGAUGGAAAGCAUACUUAUGGAGUCAGGCCUGUGCUACACCGUGGUGCGUCCACCAGGACUGAACAAUAGUAAGCAGGGGAAGUUUUUGAGGCGUCUUUAUGUUAAUAUCAUACGAAGACUUGCAAGGCCGGGUUUCACUAAAGACAGAGUCAGACUCGGAGUUAGAGAAUCAAUAGCCUGCGUAGGAAGCGUUUCCUCGCGAGGUUCGUCUAGAAAGCUGGGACAAGACCAAAAAAAAAAUGAAUGACGCUCUAACUUUCGCGCAAUAACUCGAUUGGAAACGCUUGCCACGCAGGCUAGAGAAUCAAAUAACCGACGCCGCAUAUAGCUAGGUAGCUUAGUUCCUAUAGUCAACUGGAUUGUCGGAGUUGCGCAGUCUUGUUGCCUUCUCCGCGCUAAGUCUGACCUCUAGCUCUCUGUAACUGAACCACUCACGGUACGCUCCAGGUUUGCUAAGCCGAGAACGCCAACGCUGAAAAUAGUUGGUAACCAUCGACCCAGUCUUCAUAAUUUAUUGAGUUUGCUUAUAACUUAUUUUCAUCGACGGGAUCUACGUGUACGCGUUUAAACACAUUAAACUAUUUUGGCUUUUUCUCUUUUUUCAUAAAUAAGAAGUAUUCCUAGUUGCUUCAUACAGUAGUAAUAUACUUUCCCAUUCUUAUCGUAAGGUUUGUCGAUCUCUUUAACACUGAAUUUGCACCCUAUUCAUGUAUUGUGGUUUCUAUCAUGCAGAUACAGGUAAAGGCGACUACACAGUGGUAGAGGGUCAGUUUGUUCCCAAAGCUCCAAUGUUCAUACCACGAGCCGAUGUUGCAAAUUACAUGUUAUCGUCACUCCAAAGGAGUGACUGGGACAGGAAGUGCAUGGCCAUUGGUGGGAAGGCGUGACAUGGCAUUUGAACGAUAGCCAGGAUUGCUCAGUGAUUAGUCAACACCUUUUUAACCCAAAACCCUGCGAAGCCACUAAAGUUGUCAAACGUAAGGUUUAAAGUGAUCGAACUGUAGUAGGUGACGUUCAGAAGGUGGGACGGUAUCUUAAACGGUAUCUUAAAGAGAACGCAAGACUUCUUCUGUGACCGGCGUGACGGCGUGACACUGCACAACAGACCUCUUCAUGUUGGUGCAGUUCUAUAACCAUUUUAGUGAACGUGAUCUGAUGUGGUAAACAACGAUUAACGUUUAACAAAAUACUCGAAUUUUAAAAUGUCAACCUUGCUUCCCCUUUUAAUUUAAGGAACAAGAUUACCUAUGGAAUGGGUCCGGCUUUUUACGGAUACAAUACCAAGAAUUAAAAUACACUAUACGAAAUAGCCCUACAGGAUUCAACAGCUUCAUCGUAACUGCUAGGGGAUGUUUCUGCAUUUCUGGCAUAUCUCAUCACGUCAACAAACCGCUGCACAAAAACCUUUUUCGAGACAGGCUCUCGUUCAAUCUGGAAUAAGACUCUUCAACAUUUUAAAAAUUAUGCGUCGUGCUGACGACCCCAGAAGGAAUCAAACCUCUUUUCCUGCGCUGCGUUUGUUCUUCGAUAUAUCUUAGCUCAUGCCCAACAAUUUCUCACAGAAUUCAGUACACGACAAAAAACGGGAAUCACUCAC